AUGGCGGCAGCACCUCCUUUGGAAAAAGUAGCUGUCCCCGUCGAGGUCGAAGUUCUGCCACCUGCGACACUUGUUGUGCCGACACGGACAAAUGGCUUUUUGGACACCAUUCUCGACACAUACAGCUCCUUCCAGGCGCGGAGAGACGCGCUCGGUCUGCGAAACCCCGGCACGGUCGAUGCGAUAGCGAAGGAGGUACAGCGUGAUGUCUUCCUGACCAACCAGACAUUUUCCGGCCUGCGCGCCGAGCUCAACAAGAGCUUCUCCAUUCUGCCACUCUUCCAGAUUAGCCAUGCCUUCUCCAGCGGGUCACAGCUGCUUUCGCCUUACACCUUCCUCGCUUUGUACGGAACCAACAACAUCCUCUGCCAGGCCCAACUCGACUCCGAUGCCUCGUUUAAUGCUCGAUUCAACCUCCGCCUCACUCAACGCCUCAUCUCCAAGGUCUCUGUGCAAAUCCAGCCAUCAUCAAUGUCUGGCCCAGGUGGCGCACAGGUUUCUCUCGAGCAAGACUACACUGGUGAUGACUUCACUGCUUCGUUGAAGAGCAUCAACCCGAGUGGACUCGAGGGCGAGCUCACCGGCAUGUUCAUCGGAUCAUACCUGCAGAGCGUAACCCCCCGGUUAUCUUUGGGAUUGGAGGGUGUUUUGCAGAAGCCUGGGGGUGGCAUGGGCCCUGACGCAGCAGUUAGCUACGCUGGACGUUACAAGGGUGAUGAUUGGAUCGCCAGCGCACAGCUCAUGCCUCAAGGAGGCUUACAGUUGAGCUAUUGGAAGAGGCUUAUGGACAAGGUGGAGACUGGUGUGGAUGUCAACCUGCAAUUUGCCGGCCUUUCUGGCGCAAACCCAAUGAUGGGAGGCGCACGAAAGGAGGGUGUGGCUACUUUGGGCGCAAAGUACGAGUUCUCACGCUCCAUCUUCAGAGCGCAGGUCGAUAGCCAGGGCAAGCUGGGAUGUCUGCUGGAGAAGGUUGUCGCCCCACCCGUGAGAAUCACCUUCGCCGGCGAGCUCGAUCAUGUCAAGAACUCUGCUAAGCUUGGACUUGCCGUGUCCAUCGAGGCCUCAGGUGAGGAGCUCAUGGAACAGCAAGAGCGGAUUACGCCUGCCAUUCCUCCAUUUUAA